CGCCGAGAAAGAAAAAGAAGAGGAGUAUUACCGAUUCUCUUGAAUGAGAGGACUUUUCUCUGCACAGAAAGUAGCUCAAGUGGUUUAAAUGAUAAUAAUCCCUUCUCCUUCUUUUUAGAUAAUUCGCUAAAGGGGUCUUUAAAGGCCAAGCAAGAAAGUCGCUAAGUUGGUAACACUGCACGGCGGUCAAACGUGAAGCUUGUCAGAAGAUGCCAGCAGCAGAGGAAUCGUAUGGUGUCAACAAAGUUGUGGACAACAUCUGUCAGCUUUCUCCAGAUCUGUUGACUGAAGCAUGUCGGCACAUUCUGACUUUUCUUCAAGGGCAAACCAGAGGAGUAAAUUCAGCCGAAAUUUCUGACAGAUUUCAGAGAGCUGGAGUCAGACUUGACCAUGAAGCUCUGCAGAACAUGAUCAGAUUUCUCAUGUUAUCAUUCAGGUCCGCCGGGAAGAGCGGCCUCUCUGGGGAUGACCUCGUGUCGAGGCUGGAAGAAGGCAGCAACAAGUGGCCGAAGGCUUCCCUUCAGGUGUUGCACAGGCUGUGGAGUGAACAUGGUGCAUCGGUCCAUGCUCAGCAGGAGGUCCAGGCCAUGCUCAGCAUCGGCCAGUUGGUGGACCUGCAGUGGAAGCUCGGCAUGGCGGUGAGCUCCGACACCUGCCGAUCGCUCAACUCCCCAUAUGUGUCUCUGCUGCUGAAGAUCGUCGAGCCCUCUGGACAGAUUUAUCACAGGUCUUUUGAAAUGACCAUUCCACAGUUCCAGAACUUUCACAAGCAGUUCAAGGAGAUGGCAGCUGUUAUGGAGACUGUGUGAUUGCCGAAGUGCUUGUGGAAAUUCCACCCCAGUUUACAUGUAACCAACACAAGAGCAGCAUGACACACGUGUGUGUGUGUGUGUGGGCCUUCUGGGUGUCUCACAAUGUGAAAACAAAUGACUUUUCAAUUGUCUGCUUUACACUUUCAUUGUUCCACAGAUUGCGUCAGCGUCGAAAUUAUUUACUUUUUAGGACAAACAGCUGUUCCAAUAGUUUAAAAACCUCAUCUUCACUCUGAAUGCCAGGAUUAAGUGUACUUCUUCCCAUUAACUUAUCGAGGUAGCAUGAUAACUAAUGCAGUCUAAUAAAUAAUAAAUCCCACUUUAAAGUUACUACAAGGAACUUUCAUUUUGUGUUGAAUUUGGCGGCCCCUGUGGACAAAAGUGGUAGUGUUCCAGAGAUGCCCUUUAUGCCCUGGCAUUUUACUUCAUUGGGGUCUGGCAGUCUGCUACGUGCAGUCGUGAUGCGUUAGUGAGAACAGAAAGCAGAGUCGGAGAAACAAAAUGUUAUUUUCUGAGUGUUUCACAGCCUUUACGUUCUAAAGCACAAAUAAAACACUUCCACACCUCAAACACAAACUUGCGGGAAAGUGCUGAUUUGGCAACGAAUGCAGCCAAGGGGCAGGUGUGGACUUGGGAACACAGACACUCAGUCACACAGCCGAGGAGAGAGGGAGACACACGGGGGGGAAACAGCCACGUAACAACCCGUUCUCAUCCCAAUACGAGAACAACGGCCGCUUUGUUAUUCGACAGAGCUAGAGGGGGACUUGUGCCUCGGUAGCAGAUAGCGAGCGGCGGUAUUGGACAACCUGAACUUGCUGCACACCCUGCAUGCUGUUAUUAGCCACGUGAGGCCCCCGAACACGGCAAAAUAAUUAGGAAAGAGAAAAUCUAGGCAGUAGGUCAUAAGUGAUGGAGAGGAAUUAUUUUUGUCUUGUUUUGUUUAAGGACAUUUUUGCAUAUUUUUAACAAAAAUAGUCUAGACAGACUAAAUAGACAUUUAGUUGAGUCAACACCUCUCUAAAACAGUUUAAACUGAACUUUUUAUAAACUUCAUGAAGGACUGUUUUAUCAGACUGCAUUAGUUUUGUCUAACAAUGUUAUGGUUCAGGUCCUAUAUUGCACUAAACUUCAGGCCCCCUCUGGUGUGGUACUUUUAGAGUGUACACAAUCAGAAUACGUCGCCACAGUGAACACUGCAGUUGUAUUAUUUUUUUAUCUUGGGUUAUGGAUUGUGAUUAGCCCUCUUUACAGCAUCCUUUAUACGACAUGGUGUCAUUCAGUGGCUAAGAUUUCAUAGACGCGGUGCAGUGAGAUGGUCCAUGGGUACUUAAGGCAGUUUUUUGUUAAUGUCAAAUUGAUGAAAACUUUCUUUUACUCUUUGUGUUUUUUCCCCUUGCUAUGCUGAAAUGGCCACCGUGUGGUUCUGAGGAGGCCUAGCGUCGCACUUUUUUCCACUUUGCUCCGUCCUCACUUUGAUGCCACACAACAAUGAUGCAAUAAAAUAUGAUUAAAUGUAAA